ACACCACACAGUAAGCAUCAUAGAAAAGGUAGAGAAAGCGCUGGAAACAGCAGAAACUUGUUGUUUUUAUUUAUUUAUUGGAAAAUUCCUAUUUAAAAAAACCACGUUAAAAGGUUUUUUACGUGACUGGCAAACGAAGAAACGAAUUGGAACCUUUGGAAAGGGGGCAGCGAUACAAACUGCAAGAAACUAGAGCUUCGUUUGUGGGAACAUCGGGAUAAGUACUUUUAAAAUAUUAAUCAUCUUGUUUACUUAUGUUUCAUUGAAAUCCUGAUGAAAAUUGACUCAAACAACUUUAUCCCUUCCAAAUCCAUACCGAAAGAAACAGUUUCUACUCAUGAAGAAAAACCGGAGACGCUAAUUCGUGGCGAAAAGCAUUCCGCUUCCAACUCCUCUCAUUCUCAGUUUGGAGAUCAAGCAGAAGGAAAAAUCCUUUCUCGUUCUAGCUUGGAUUGCCCUCCUAAGAUCGCUGAUAUGCAUUCGCUGCAAUUGUUUACAGAAACAAAAGUAUUUGAAGAUUCUACAGAGCCUUCCGUUCCUCAAACUGCAACUUCGACUAGUUCCUUUUCGUAUGAUAGCCCAUCUUCUUUCGAUGCAGGAGCUCUAGAAAGCAACAUCGCAGCAUCAGCUGAAGCAACUUCUCCUAAAAACCCAGCUCCUCAAACCACAGAUCACAGAUCGACCCUUCCGAAUCGACGUUUGCACCCCGAAACCCCCUCCUCCAGGAAUGACUCAGGUGCCAAACGCAGUGAUGAUCGUAAAGCCAGUUUGUCGAACUCGGCUUUGGAUGAAAUUCCUCCUGAUAUUGGCUCGGCUAGUUGGGCAGAGGCUGUGAAACAAAAGCGAUUGAACAUGAGACGCCGGCGCGAGGAAUUGGACGACGAUUGCGUUUUAGUAGGAACACGUGUUUCAGAAGGCCACGAAAAUUACGUUACUGCGUAUAACAUGCUCACAGGUAUUCGUGUAGGGGUUUCUCGAUGCCAAGCCAAAAUGGAUCGUGCUCUGACCCCGGCCGACUUUACUGCUCGACACAAAUAUACCUUUGACAUAACCGGUAACGAGUUGACUCCUUCCGCAAGGUACGAUUUCAAAUUUAAAGACUAUGCUCCUUGGGUAUUUCGCCAUUUACGACAGCUCUUCCAUUUAGAUGCCGCGGAUUAUCUCGUCUCGCUUACUAGUAAAUACAUUCUCUCCGAACUUGAUUCUCCUGGAAAGAGUGGUUCUUUCUUCUACUUUUCACGCGACUAUCGCUUCAUUAUCAAAACUAUCCACCGUUCCGAACAUAAAUUUUUACGAGAAAUUCUUUAUGAUUAUUAUGAGCAUGUCAAAAAUAAUCCGAACACGUUGAUCUCACAGUUUUAUGGCUUACACAGAGUGAAACUUCCUUUUGGACGCAAAAUUCAUUUUGUGGUCAUGAAUAAUCUCUUUCCUCCCCAUCGUGACAUACAUCAAACAUUUGAUUUGAAAGGUUCGACGCUGGGACGCGAACUAAAUGAAGAUUUACCAUCUCAGAACCCCAUGUGCACUAUGAAGGAUUCGAAUUGGUUAAGAAGAGAUAUGCAUUUACAGUUUGGACCUUUAAAACGUCAGAUAUUUUUAACUCAGGUUAAAGCUGACAUCGAUUUGCUUUCUUCUUUGGGUAUUAUGGACUACAGUCUUUUAGUAGGUAUUCAUGAUCUUACUCGCGGAAAUCGGGAUAAAAUUCGAAAUAGCAUAUUAUCCGUAUAUGAUCCCAAUGUAUCACAACACCAAGUUCCGUCUGCAGGCGUCGGUGAAUCAAAUGCUCACGUUCUUAGGCAAGUCGUGAAUAGCACUGGACCGGUUUCAUUGGAUAGAUCAUGCAAUCGUCUUCCCAGCAACCAAUUUAUGGAGAGAAGUAACUUUAUGUUCUAUAGUGAUGAUGGAGGGUUUCAAGCUACCAAUGAAAAUAACCAACCUGCCAAUCAUAUUUUUUAUAUCGGUAUUAUUGAUUUACUUACAAAGUAUUCCUACGUAAAAAAAGCUGAACAUUUAUGGAAAGGAAUCAAUCAUUCUGAGUCAGCAAUCUCAGCCGUUCCCCCGGCUGAAUAUGCAAACCGGUUUUACAAGUUUAUUGAGUCUGGCAUCAAGCCAGAUCAUCUAACUUUAAAACCUAUUCCUAUGUUCAAACAUCAGAACGAUAACGUUGUUCUUGUAAGCAAUCACCAAAAUGGAAACGACAUUAACAAAACCGAUGAUUCUCCUACCAAACCAAAAAGUAAGAUUGGAGACGGUAAUCUCAAUUCUGAACAAAGUCCUUUACCAAAAAAAUCCUCAGCCCCGAUUCAGAUGGCAUCAGCUUCCCCUAAACGGUUUCCUUUUAUACGAACCAAUGUAACUGGCAACAGUUUAUCACCCUCUAAGUAAUAGUAAUUUUGAAGUGCGAUCAACUAUUUUAAUGCAUUGAGACGUUUAUGCUUUGUUCUUGUAUAUAAUCAUUAAUCUAUCAUUUCGUUAUUUCUAGGAUAAAAAGAGCAAGUUUUUAAUAUAUUAUAUAGACGUUAAUGUUUUUUAUUCAACUAACAGAUCACUAAAGAGAACUUUUUUAUAACAUCGAACUUAAAUUCACAAAUUUGAACUGAGUAGGAAU